CGUAUAGAUGUAAUGAUGCAACUAAAUGUAAGAUAACUGUUGUGGUAGUUCAAAAUACAUCGGUAAACAGUGAAUUGAUCAAUAAACUUGAAGACUUCAAACUUAAAACCAACACCGAUUAUUUUAUCAAACAAAUCUCUGACAUUCCGCAAUAUGAUAGGGAAAUGGAAGUCGAAGUGGGAAAUACUGGAAUAGAUGACACAGAUAAAGACAUUAUGCUCGCUUGCUUCAAGAAAAAUGCGGAAAGUUUGUUGUCAACACAUACAAAUUUAAGCAUUGUUCAGGGAAGCUUCUACAAAAUUAACAGAAAUUUGGAGGAAACUUACGAACCACGACUUGUUUUAUACGUCAUUGCAAAAGAAUAUAUCCCACUGGGAGAAGACCCGUUUGAUAAAGUGUACGAUGGCAUACAAGUAGAUGUUCGCGAAGGAAUGUUUACCAUGUUUGGAAAUCAUGCAGAUGAUGCACUCAGUAAUAUUCGAAUGGGGUGUAAAAUUCAAAGGGUGGUAAAUGAACAAUCUUACAAUGGAACACUCGGUGUAUUUUUUGAACAUCCGGAGCACGGUUUGUGUGGGAUUACAUGUGCGCACGCCAUUCUUACUCCAGAAGAACAUCGAAAUUGUAUCGAAUAUGGUCUGAAGAAAACAUGGAUUGACAACCAUCAACAAAUAGUCGUAUAUCAACCUGCAAAGCCACAUUUGUUGGGUCAUGUUGUGGGUAUCAUUUGCUCUGAAGGCACAAUGUCAAAUUCAGGAAACGACGUCGCAAUCAUACGAAUAGUAGACGAUCGUAAGCCUGUGAAUGGGAAAUGGCCACAACCUAAAAGCGAUGCAAAGGAACUAGAGUUUGAAUAUACAUCUGGGAGAGUAUUCAUAUCCAAAACAUACGCGGGCAUUUGCUACAAGUUCGGUGGAACAACUGAAUAUACCGAAGGAAGAAUUGCAAAUAUUGGGUUGAAUGUAACACGGGAAAUUCGAAUACGUGAUAAAGAUAGAAAGUUUAAUAACCUUAUUGAAGUAAAGCAGCUAAAACAAGUUUGCAAACGCAGGCGAUUCUGGAUCUCCUGUAUUCGUAAAAGAUGGUGACGGAGACUAUAUUUGUCUUGGGAUUAUAAUAGGAGGCGUUGCAAACGUCGGUCCGUAUUAUGUUAUACCGAUUGAGAAGAUACUGCAUGAUAUUGGUAUAACUAAACUGAAAUCGUUUUCACCAAGUAACGCCGAACUCGGAAGGUCUGUUAAUGAAAUCAAGACCGACGUGGGGGGAAUCAUGACCGAAGUGGCGGUCAUUAACCAAAAACUAGACCGCUUAUUGAUUCUUUUAGAUUCGUAAUUUCCGUGGACAUUAUUGCUGCAAGUACAUGUGUUUGCUUUCGUCUCAUCACUAACGUGAAAGCACUGUUUAGUCUUCAAUUUCUUGAACAGAAUUGAAACUAGAUAUGUGUUAUAAUAUCCAAUUACAAUUACUUGUGAAUUAAAUGCGCUUGUUAAAUCAGUUUUUAUCGAUACAGAAUAUCUACUACUA